AUGUCUGCGCCACUGACUAUUGCAGAGAGCGAACUGUCGGUCGGAGUCUGUGGGCCACUCUACCGGGCCGUCAAGCGAGCUCAUCCAUGUGCGUUCCUUGUAACGGCGUCCGCGCCAGCGCCCCGGCCACCGGUGUGCAGGCAUCCUCAGAUAUUCCUGGAUCGCAACGUGCAGCCUGCUGAUCUUUCUGUGCCGGGGACAGGAGCAGUCGGCUGUGCUGUCCUGGAGGGGACGGUCGAGGUCGAGGGGGAUGAUCUCAGCAGGGAGAGAUCGACGGCAUCCACCAAGGACAUGGUUGUCCGUCAGACACGGCAGCUGGGCAAACGGGACACCGUCGCAGCCACCCGUCUCUCCUCUGCUGCCUUUCUCCAUCUCGUCCUUCGGCACCGCCCAGUCUUCGUUCCCGUGUGUAUACAGACCUCUCGGCCGGCUGCAGAUGGUGGUCAGUCCGGAGUUAUCGCCAGCCUCCUGCUUGCCUAUGGCGGCACCGGUAGAGCGAUGCAGAUUCUCUGCCUCGUCAGCUCCUUGAAUGCCAUCCCCGUUACGGCCUGGUGCUUCCUACGCAGCGACUUUCGGAGUAGCUUCGGCUCUCGCCGGUUCGUCGUACAGGCAUUUCACCCAGGCUUGUACUGUAUCUUCGCCAUCUGCUUCUACCAGGUGCAGAUUAAGCUGCGCCAGUGA